AUGCCCAGGGGGGGACAUAAAGAGGCGUCUGCGUUCGUGAGAGAAGCGCGCUAAGUUCAAGAUGAGGCCAGGGCUGGCAGAAUGCUCAAGCCAGGCAGCAGAGAAAGAGAGUCGACCUCCUGCUCUGAUCAUGAUUCUGGAGAUGCUGUUGCAAGCACCUCUACUGCUGGCUUCCCUCAGAAGUCUAAAUCUCAGGGUCAGGCACCCACCACCACUGUUAGGAAAGUUGGUUCCUACAGAAGAUCUCGUAAAAGUACCAAAGGCCCAAGGGAGGAAAGCACUAGUUGUACUAGGGUCCCAAACUUCAUUGAGAACCCACAGAAUGAUCUUUUAACAAGGAAGACAGGUAUCCUCAUGCAGUACCUGCUCUGCAAAGUACAAAUAGAAAGCCAACAAAUAAAGGGAGAAAUGCUGAAAGUUAUCAACAAAAGGUUCAAGGAGCAGUUGCCUGACAUCCUCAAGAAAGCCUCUGAGCGCAUUCAGCUAGUUUUUGGUCUUGAGGUGAAGGAAAUUAAGCCCAAUGGUAGCUACUACACCCUUGUCAGUAAGUUAGAUCCCAAUGUGGGUGGUACUCUGACCACUAGCCUGCCAUUUCCCCAGAAUGGGCUUUUAAUGCCUCUGCUGGGUGUGAUCUUCUUAAAUGGCAAUCGUGCUUCUGAGGCAGAUAUCUGGGAAUUCCUGAAUAUUUUGGGAAUUCAUGAUGGAAAGGUGCACAUAAUCUUUGGGGAGCCCCGGAAGCUCAUUACCAGAGAUUUGGUUAAGGAAAAGUAUUUGGUAUACCAAAAGGAGGCCAAUAGUAAUCCUCCAUCCUUUGAGUUCCUUUGGGGUCCCCGAGCCUAUGCUGAAACUACCAAGAUGAAAGUCCUGGAGUUUUUAGCCAAGGUCAAUGAGACCGUUCCUCAGGCCUUCCCAACUCAUUAUCAAGAGGCUUUGAGAGAUCAGGAAGAGAGAGCCCAAGCUGAAGCUGUAGGCAGUCCUGGCACUAGUGCCAAAGAUGAGGCUGAGUCUAAAGUCAGGCCUGUUAAUUCCUCUCACAAAGAUGAGGUUCAGUCUAAAGUCAGGCCUGUUAAUUCCUCUCACAAAGAUGAGGUUCAGUCUAAAGUCAGGCCUGUUAAUUCCUCUCGCAAACAUGAGGCUGAGUCUAAAGUCAGGCCUGUUAAUUCCUCUUGCAAAGAUGAGGUUCAGUCUAAAGUCAGGCCUGUUAAUUCCUCUUGCAAAGAUGAGGUUCAGUCUAAAGUCAGGCCUGUUAAUUCCUCUUGCAAAGAUGAGGUUCAGUCUAAAGUCAGGCCUGCCAAUUCCUCUCACAAAGAUGAGGCUCAGUCUAAAGUCAAACUUGUUGACUCCUCUUCCAAAGAUAAAGCAAAGUCUAAAGCCAAACAUGUUGAUGCCUCUUCCAAAGAUAAAGCAAAGUCUAAAGCCAAACAUGUUGAUGCCUCUUGCAAAGAUAAGGCAAAAUCUAAAUAA